CUGGGUGGCUUGUCGGGAAAGGCGUCGGUAGUAAACAGCAGCAAAAAGACAGCAGGCGUUAGCGUCUCGAAGUACAGACAAAAGACCUCUCCCUUUCGGCUGCGGUCAAGGCGACAGUGUGGAUCGGUUGUCUGUCACCUUCUCAGCUUGUCACGUUGAUUGACGGUGGGGAGAAAACAUCGUCGGGGCGUUAGCCAGCCAGCCAGCUAGUUAGCUAGCCGAGCCACUUAGCCGUAGCAGCCGGAGCUUGCUUAGCAUUAGCAUUAGCAGCGGACGACGAGGAUGAUAGCGCUGAUCAACAAACUGCUGGACUGGUUCAAGGCGCUCUUCUGGAAGGAGGAGAUGGAGCUGACCUUGGUGGGGCUGCAGUACUCCGGGAAGACCACAUUCGUCAACGUCAUAGCGUCUGGCCAGUUCAGUGAAGACAUGAUUCCCACAGUGGGAUUCAACAUGAGGAAGAUCACUAAAGGCAACGUCACCAUCAAGCUGUGGGACAUCGGUGGGCAGCCUCGUUUCAGAAGCAUGUGGGAGCGUUACUGCAGAGGAGUCAGUGCCAUCGUCUACAUGGUGGACGCCGCUGAUCCGGAGAAGAUUGAAGCUUCUAAAAAUGAACUCCACAAUCUGCUGGACAAGCCUCAGCUUCAGGGAAUUCCUGUUCUGGUUCUGGGAAAUAAGCGGGACCUCCCAGGAGCUCUGGACGAGAAGGAACUCAUUGAGAGGAUGAACCUGUCAGCCAUCCAGGACAGAGAGAUCUGCUGCUACUCUAUUUCCUGCAAGGAGAAGGACAACAUUGACAUAACCCUCCAGUGGCUGAUCCAACACUCUCGGACCAAGAGAAGCUCUUGAGAGAAGACAUACCCCCCC